AUGUCUCAAUUCUCGUUUUCUUUGGUGGAUACGGAGGUAUUGUUGGAUGAACGUUGUCUUGUUGCAUCUGUCGUAGAUGCCUCAAGCAAUGUUUUGUGCAAAGUGGCCAAUAUUUAUGGUCCCGCGCAGUCUUUUGACCGUCCUUCAUUUAUCUCUGAUUUUCUCUCUCUUUCUGUUUGGUCUGAUGUGUUCAACACACCUUGGAUGGUUAUGGGUGAUUUCAACAUUCACUUGCACUCUUUGUCUACUUCUCGUCAAGCCGAUGUCGCUCCUUUUGUUCACUGGUUGCGUACUCACUUUGUCAAUUGUCAUCCGGAUGGUUUAGCUACGUUUCCAAAGAGCAAUACUUGUAUUGAUUACAUCUUUGGUCACUCUUCUCUUGCUCCUCGUUUGACUAAUAGUCAGUUACUAUAUAUGCCUAGUAGGUGGACGGAUCACUCUCUUUUGACUGUUGAAAUGUUGCCUGCGACAGCUAGUAUUGGUCCUGGUAGUUGGCGGUUCAAUCCAACUCUGCUUGAUGAUAAGGAAUUUGUUGCGUUGUUGAAUGCCACGGUGUCAUUGUUCUUCUCUGGUGCUGUUGGUGGUGGGUCUAAGGGUGUCAAUACUAGUCAAGGUAGUAGUGGUGACUCUGAAAGCACGGUGGCUAGAUGGGAAUCCUUCAAGUUGUUACUAAAGUGCUGUGCACAAAAGUACACUAGAAGCAUGAAAGCACGAUUCAAGAACAAAGUUUUUACGCUUCAACUGGAACGUAUUAGGGCUCUGUCAACGUCUGUAUCAGGUGUUGAGACUAGGAAUGCUAUUGAUCAAACUGACAGAGUGUCUACUGCUACAGGUGAUGCUGAGCAGCAGGUCAGGCAACUAGAAGUUUUGAUUGAGAAUCAGAUACAGAAAGAGACUAGUCAGAAUAUGCUUCGCUCUGCCACUCGUUGGUUAGAACAGGGAGAACUGCUCUACUACUGGGAUAUCUUGGUGGAAGCAGCAGCUAUCAACAGGGAGGCACAAGGUUUUUACCAAAGGCUAUAUACCCCUGAUGCUGUCGAUGCUGAAGCUAUCGAUACUCUCCUGGGGAAUGUUCCAACUGAUGUACGUCUAUCAUCUUUGGAUGGUGAUAUGCUAAUGGAACUUCCAACUCGCGAUGUUUUGUUGUCUUUGCUCACUCAUGCUCCCAAGUCUAAAAGUCCUGGUCUUGACGGUUUGCCUUUUGAAUUGUAUCAAUAUCUUGCUGGUGUUUCUACUGAUUUUCUUGACUUGCUUGUGGAUGUGUUGGGUGCAGCUUUUUCUGGUGUGUUUCCUCCUUCGUGGCAACAAACUCGUAUGGUCUUAUUGUUCAAGAAGGGUGACCCUCAGUUGUUGGUUAACUGGAGACCUUUGUCCUUAAUUAACAGUGAUGCCAAGUUAUUUACAAAGCUCAUUGCUAAUCGUAUGAACAAAGUGUUGCCAAAGUUAAUCAACCCUUAUCAAACUGGUUUUCUCCCUCAUCGUCUGAUCUCUGACAAUGGCUGGUUAAAUCAGUUGUUGAUGUCUCACUUGCGUGUUGUUGCUCCUGAUUUACCUCAAGUGGCUGUUUUGUUGGAUCAAGAGAAGGCGUAUGAUCGGGUUCAUCCUGAAUAUCUUUGUCGUGUGUUGCUCCGGUUUGGUUUUCCUGGUGAGUUGGUGUCUUGUCUGUCUUCUUUGUUCUUUGGAACCAAGAUUUCAGUGUCUAUCAAUGGUUGGCUUGGUGCUCCUGUACCUCAAUUGCGAGGUCUUCGUCAAGGUGAUCCUCUCUCUCCAUUGCUAUUCAAUCUGGCAUUUGAGCCUUUGCUUCGUUCUCUCCUUGCUUGUCCUGGUCUUUCUGGUGUUACUCUGUCUCCUGUUGAUAUCCCACGUAAAUGGAAGCCUUCACCGGUUGAAGUUCGUGUGGAUCAUGGUACUGGUGCCCGGAAUUGGACUUUGGACUUUGUUAGUGGCUCUGUUGCUCCUCCUCCUGUCAAGAUUCUGAGCUAUGCGGAUGAUCUUGAGGUGUUUUUGUCUUCGCCAGAAGAGUGGUCUGUGUUGUUGUCUGUUCUUGAUCUGUAUGGCCGAGCAUCUAAUGCGAAAGUCAAUAUCAGCAAGACAGUGUUGGUGUCGUUGUCUGGUGUGUCACACUCUGCUUGGGUUGCUUUGGCUGAUUCUACUGGUCUCCAGUGGCAUGACGCUCACUCUCGUGGUGCAGUACGUUACUUGGGUUAUCCCUUGUAUCAUACUGAAAGUCAACUUCAAGACUAUCUUGAUGGUGUCUUGGUGAAGGUCCAGCGACACAGUAACUUGUUGAAACAAAGGAAUCUCUCCAUUAGGGGAGCAGGACUAGUGGCUAACUCGUUACUGUUGUCAAAGGUAUAUCAUUUGUUGCGUGUUGUUCCUGGUGGUGCUACUACUGCGUCGUGGUUGAAGUCUCUCACUACGGUGGUUCCAGAUCAAAGCUUAGCUUUGCAUCUUGUCUAUUUGCAACGUUUGUUGCGUCCACCCUCUCCCAAUGAUUUUGUCUCCUCUUGGUUGGUGUAUGCCUUUCAAGUUUACACUGGUCAUAAGUCCAUCUUGCCGUGGUUUUGUUUUCCUGGUCUUUACCAGUCUCUUCCUUCCUCUGGUUGGUCUGCUAGGUGGUUUCUUGAUCUUCCCUUGUGUUCUGUACUCAGUACUGUGCCUUCUGUUCGUCCUCCUCGUGAUCCAUCAUCUCUUGAUCCUCGUUUCUUGGUGUCGGAUGUCUCUUUCUGGCAACCUGAUCUAGGUAUAGUUGAUGGUGUCACCUCUCAUCUUGCUUGGUCAUCUCGUGUUUUGCGCCCUGUUUUUCUUGCCUUGAACCGUGAUCGUGGUCCUGUCUCUCUGGUAUUCCCGCCUGUCAUGGAUAGUAAGAUAGUCUUGUCUCAAGCAGACUAUUUUACUAUGCCCCGUUCUGAUGGUGCUACCUCUUGGAUGCCAGAUUGUACUCAUUGGACUGUCUCCAACUCGUCUCGUUCUGCUGCUCCGGUUGCUCGUCUCUCUCUUGGUGCUUUGCGAAGGUAUUGGCACCCUGCAAAGGGUACCAUUACCUCUCGUAUGGGUCCUCCCUUGAAGUUGCCUGCUCAUUUGUUGCUGUCUCCUGCUUUGUGGCGUCUUUUCUGGUCCCUGGAAUUGCCUGCAAAGGCUUUCACACCUUGGUGGCGAUUGCUACAUGACCGUGUCCCGCACCGCUCGUGGUGCCAUAAGAUUAUGCCUACCAAAGUUCUGUCUCCUGCUUGUGCUCUUUGCGGUUUCUCUACAGAGGACCUUUACCAUUUCGUGGUGGGUUGCCAUGUCAAGUCAUUUUUCUGGCAGGAUGUAGUCUCUUUGUUGUCACUUCAAGAGCUACUCCCCUCUGCUUCUUCUAUUUGGUUGGCGCUGACUACCUUUUGUAGUGGUUCAGAUUUGUUGGUGAUCGAUGAGGAUGUUCUGAUUGCUCUUGGUGCUGCUUACAGUACACUUUGGAAGUAUCAUUGGCGAUGCGCCAUAAACGAGGAGGAGCCUUGGAUAGCUUCUGCUGCUAUCAAUAUGGUCCGUCAAGACCAUGGUACACUCCUUUCUUCUCUUUCUCUGGCAAGUGUUCAAGCUGGCACCUUGUCCUUGCCUGUAAAUUCUGUAUAG